ACUUGACAGCAGAAAUAUGCUACGUAAAAUCUACAACUGUAAAGGGGUAUGGCAAGUACAGGUUCCUCCAUUUUCACAUGACGUAUUGGGAGUGGAUCUUCGAACUCAACAAAAAUAUUCUGCAGCCUGCUUGCUGUCUAAAGUUAUUGUACGAUAAAAGACAGGAUUUACUCCAAGCAUGAGAGGCUCAUAUGGGGACAGGGACCGUGGACGAGACAGAGGGCCACGCUUUGGGUCCAGCAGUCGCAGGAGCCCCCCACCCCCAAAGUUUGGGAAUCCUGGAGAAAGACUCAGGAAGAAGAAAUGGAACCUGGAUGAGCUACCCAAGUUCGAAAAGAACUUCUAUAACGAAAACCAGGAGAUCCAGCGAAUGACUCAGUAUGAUUUGGAGGAAUUCCGCCGCAAGAAAGAGAUCACAGUCAGAGGAUCUGGCUGCCCAAAACCAGUCACGCACUUCCAUCAGGCACAGUUCCCUCAGUAUGUAAUGGAUGUGCUGUUGCACCAGAACUUCAAGGAACCCACUCCCAUCCAGGCCCAGGGAUUCCCCUUGGCCCUGAGCGGGAGAGACAUGGUGGGAAUUGCUCAGACGGGAUCUGGGAAGACUCUGGCAUAUCUCCUUCCUGCUAUUGUCCACAUCAACCACCAGCCUUACUUGGAGAGAGGCGAUGGACCUAUUUGCCUCGUGCUGGCUCCCACUCGAGAACUGGCACAGCAGGUGCAGCAGGUGGCCUAUGAGUAUGGGAAGUCGUCCCGCAUCAAGAGCACCUGUGUGUACGGAGGGGCCCCCAAGGGGCCUCAGAUACGUGACCUGGAGAGAGGUACGGAGAUUUGCAUUGCCACGCCAGGGCGUCUCAUUGACUUCCUGGAGGUCGGAAAGACCAACCUGCGGCGCUGCACUUACUUGGUGCUGGACGAGGCUGACCGUAUGCUGGACAUGGGCUUCGAGCCCCAGAUCCGCAAGAUUGUGGACCAAAUCCGACCCGACAGACAGACUCUGAUGUGGAGCGCCACUUGGCCCAAAGAGGUGCGUCAGCUGGCAGAGGACUUCCUGAAGGAGUACGUACAGAUCAACGUGGGCGCCCUGGAGCUGAGCGCCAACCACAACAUCCUGCAGAUAGUGGACGUGUGCAUGGAGACUGAGAAGGACAACAAGCUGAUGCAGCUAAUGGAGGAGAUCAUGGCUGAGAAGGAGAACAAAACCAUCAUCUUUGUGGAGACCAAGAAACGCUGUGAUGAACUGACACGUCGCAUGCGGAGGGAUGGGUGGCCUGCCAUGUGUAUUCAUGGUGAUAAGAGUCAGCCUGAGAGAGACUGGGUUUUGUCAGAGUUCCGCAAUGGAAAAGCUCCUAUCCUCAUUGCGACGGACGUGGCUUCUCGUGGGCUGGAUGUGGAGGACGUCAAGUUCGUCAUCAACUACGACUACCCCAACUCGUCGGAGGAUUACGUGCACCGCAUCGGGCGCACCGCCCGCAGCACCAACAAGGGCACGGCCUACACCUUCUUCACCCCGGGGAACCUGCGGCAGGCGCGCGACCUGGUGCGUGUGCUGGAGGAGGCGCGGCAGGCCAUCAACCCCAAGCUGCUGCAGCUGGUGGACUCUGGACGCGGAGGAGGAGGAGGCGGAGGAGGUAGGAUGCGUUACCGUGGCGGCGGCUCCAGUUCGAACAACCCCAACAUGAUGUACCAGGAUGAGUGUGAGCGGCGAAUGCGCUAUGUGGGCGGCAGCUCAAAGGACGGCCGCUCCAACUUCGGCCGCUCCACGGGCAGCAGCCGCGACUCGGACCGCUCGUCCUCCUCCUCCUCCUCGUACCGGGACCGCGGCCGGGACGGGCGCGGCGGCUACAACGAGCAGUUCCAGAGCUACGGCUCCGGUGGCGGCGGCCAGUACGGCUCCAGGGGGGGUGGUGGUGGCGGUGGAGGUGGCGGCAGCGGCGUGCAGGAGCCCUCGGGUCCGCCUCAGGGUCCCUUCGGCCAGCCCCCUCCUCCACCGGCCCAGGGCGUGGCCGGGCCCCAGCCUCUCAUGGCGCAGCAGUUCCCCCCUCCUCCCCAGCCCAUGAUGGGGUUCCUAGGGCAGGGCCCGUAUCCGUUCGCCCCGCCACCUCCUCCCCCACCUCCACCGCCCAGGAAGUAGCCUAAGAGAUCGCUUAUCUUAAGGACCAUCAACCUGACCCGUUCCCAAAAAAAAGAGCCCUCUGUCCUCCUCCCAUAGGAAUAGAUGGACAUGGUGAAAGUGUAAUCCUGUGUUCGUUUCUUUCCCCCCUCUCCUGUUGGCUAGUUGUCACCAACAGUGGAGGACCUGAGGAGGUAAGGGCUGAUUCGCUUCAGUUUUAUGCUCUGCAGCUGAUUGUGUUUUAUGUGAAUGUGCUGUACCAGUAAAGAAGCUUUGGUCUCUCUCUUUGUUGGUGGGCCACGCUCUUCUGAGCAGCCCCUCUUGGCAAAUAGUGGCCAGACAUUAUGUGUGAAUUAGUAACUGUGGGUCAGAAAGGAAAUUGAUCCAUUUGAAUAAUGAAUUAAGUUGCUAUAACUCGUUCUUUUGUAAUUAUCAAAUAUAUUAUACUUUUGUAAUGCCAAAAUCCAGGUCAUUACUUUCUAUAUCUCAGUGUCAAGCCACCUGCAUCCAUAGUAUAUAGUAUAAGAUUGAAUUCAAUUUGGUCACUUCUUUUAUUUUGUAUUUUUGAUCAUUAUAUGAUGUUUAAUCUGGGGACUAAUUAGGGAUUGAAGACGAUGCAGUUGGAAAACAUACACCGAACCCAGUGCCUCUGAUUUGUUUGAAAUCUUAGUCAAAUGGGAGCUGCACCCAUCAAGUCUGUUCUUUUUUUAUACUAUUGUGCUUCUCUUUUACAGGUUUAAAUAAAGACCUUUAACAUCAUA